UUAUGCAGAGAUUUCCUGGGAUGACAGAUGCAUUCAGUAACUGUUCUUAUGGACAUGCACAAAAUUGUUUUAUAUGUCCAGGCCGGUGUGUUUUCGAAACACUUGCUCCUGUGUAUAACGAAACCAUGACAACAGUUCGCUGUGGAAACCUCAUAGUGGAGGGGAGGGAGGAAUGUGACUGUGGCUCCUUCAAGCAGUGUUAUGCCAGUUAUUGCUGCCAAAGUGACUGUUACUUAACACCGGGGAGCAUCUGUCAUAUAGGAGAGUGCUGUACAAACUUCAGCUUCUCCCCACCAGGGACUCUCUGCAGACCUAUCCAAAAUAUAUGUGACCUUCCAGAGUACUGUCACGGGACCACCGUGACAUGCCCAACAAACUUUUAUAUGCAAGAUGGAACCCUGUGCACAGAAGAAGGCUACUGUUAUCAUGGGAACUGCACUGACCACAAUGUGCUCUGCAAGGCGAUGUUUGGUGUCAGUGCUGAGGAUGCUCCUGAGGUCUGCUAUGACAUAAAUCUUGAAAGCUACCAAUUUGGACAUUGUAUUAGACAACAAACAUAUCUCAGCUACCAGGCUUGUACAGGAAUAGAUAAGUUUUGUGGAAGACUGCAGUGUACCAAUGUGACCCAUCUUCCCCAGCUGCAGGAACAUGUUUCAUUCCAUCACUCAGUGAGAGGAGGGUUUCAGUGUUUUAGACUGGAUGAACACCAUGCAACAGACACGACUGAUGUUGGGCGUGUGAUAGAUGGCACUCCUUGUGUUCAUGGAAACUUCUGUAAUAACACCCUGUGCAAUGCAACUAUCACUUCACUGGGCUAUGACUGUCGCUUUGAGAAGUGCAGUCAUAGAGGGGUCUGCAACAACAGAAGGAACUGCCAUUGCCAUAUAGGCUGGGAUCCUCCACUGUGCCUAAGAAGAGGUGCUGGUGGGAGUGUCGACAGCGGGCCACCUCCAAAAAGAACACAUUCUCUCAGACAAAGCCAACAAUCAGAGAUGUAUCUGAGAGUGGUCUUUGGUUGUAUUUAUGCCUUCAUAAUUGCACUGCUCUUUGGGACAGCCACAAAUGUGCGAACUAUCAGGACCACCGCCGUUUAGGAAGAGACAGUUACUAACCCUGAAUAAGACUAAUUCAGCCUCCUGAUCCCUGUAAAGAUACAGAGAAUAUAACAGCAAAAUCUAUGAAAUAGGAUCAGGUGAAAGGAUGGCAAAGCUCAAGUCCACAUUUCUUGAAGUCCACAGGAGGCACAUGGUCCUGUCUCACAUCACAGGGAAAGGGGAGGCAUUGGCUUCUAUCCCAGGUUCUUGUAGAUCGCUGAUGUUCACUC